CAUCCUCUGUCCUCAAAAAUAUACUAUUGUCCAGCCUCCCCUAAAACCAUGAUUGUGAUUUGUUUGUGAAGCAAGUAAUAUCCACAAUUGAACCCAUUCCAUGCCUGGGAUCUACUAGCCAUUGAAAGACAAGGCUAACCCGAUCCUAAAAGCAGGAAGUCACGCAUGCAGUAGAACACUUGAUGUCAGUGAGUUACUGUUGGUAUGCCUCAAGCGUUCUUGAUCUUGGGGGUUGGCCCACCAGUGUAGACUAAAGCACGACUAGUGUUUCUAGCGUGAAAACAUAACAAACGCUCACAAUGCCAAACUGGUAUCCAUCUUCCAUCAAAUCAGCCCGGCUAGCUCAAUCGGCAGAGCGUGAGACUCUUAAUCUCAAGGUUGCGGGUUCAACCCCCGCGUUGGGCUUUUCUUUUUGCUCUUUUCCAACUCAAUCGCCAUAUCUUGGUGUCAUUGACGGGGAAAGGGAUAAUUACUUUUCUUCCCCACAAGAAAUUUCUUGUCCCCAAGACAUAGGGACCCCGAGAAUACGCACCGAGCCCCUACAACACAAAUGCCAAUGAAUGUUGUCACAUGUCUCUUGUAACAUCAGGUCUGCAAUGCUCCAGUGA